GCUCGUCGCGCCCAAAGGAAGCCUUAAUAAAAGCGCAGCGUUGGCUACUGUGACCAUUCUGUUGUAAGUAAUUACUGUGUGCAUUUCAAGAUGUCUGGAAGAGGAAAGACUGGCGGUAAGGCACGUGCUAAGGCUAAGACUCGAUCCUCUCGAGCUGGUUUGCAGUUCCCUGUCGGCCGUGUUCACAGGCUCCUGCGGAAAGGCAACUAUGCUGAGCGGGUGGGCGCUGGUGCUCCCGUUUACUUGGCUGCUGUGCUCGAGUAUCUGACCGCUGAAAUUCUUGAGUUGGCCGGGAAUGCUGCCCGCGAUAACAAGAAAACCAGAAUCAUUCCUCGCCAUCUUCAGCUGGCCGUGCGUAACGAUGAGGAGCUCAAUAAGUUGUUAGGUGGCGUGACCAUCGCUCAGGGUGGUGUGCUGCCCAACAUUCAGGCCGUGCUUCUGCCCAAGAAGACCGAGAAACCAGUUAAGAGCAAGUAGAUGAGGGCGACUCGUUCAUUAACACCAACGGCUCUUUUCAGAGCCACCUAUCCGUUCAGACUGGAGCCUUUUCCAUUCAGAUUGUUUCUUGGUCGUCCAGCACUUAUUAUUAUUUUUUUUUUUUUAUAAUGGGCUGUAUAUUGUAAUCACUGGUAUUUUAUUUUAUAUUUAUCUAAAGGGUUUCUUUAGCAAGUAGGUACUUGCCUUGUACUGUAACUCCAAUUUAUGUUUCGAGAAUAAAUCCACAUCAUCCAUCUGUUCAUGCUGGAGCCCUCUCCGUUAAGAUUACUUAAUGUAACAGCAACUUUUUAUAGACUGUUCUCACUGGUAGUUUAUUAUGGACGUGGGCGCCCGUUACUCUGUCUCUCUUGUUAAUUGCUGUGUAAAACAGUAUUACAGUAGUGUGGCUUGGACAAAUGCUUGUAAAUUUCCGGAGAUGCCAGUUAUGGGAGUAAUCUGUUAGAUUUUUCUACUGCACUAUACCUAUUUACAGCUUUUCGGGACAAAUGUUUUCUGGAGCCAUGAUGCAUGUGCAGAAAAAGCAGCAUUAAUAGUUAAUAAAUGAUGAUUAUGUCGGCUCUGAUUCUACUGCACACCGUUGCUUUUUCUAAAGAGACACGGCUCACAUUUAUUAAUUUAUGUGUCAGAUUUUCAAUACCAAUACUGAUAUUUCUAAAAAAGCAUAGGAAUUUGUUUUCAAAUGAUCAUAUUGUUUAGAAUGGCUAACAUUAAUGGGCCAGUUUGUAUUUAAAUGAACUAAUAUCACAACACAGUAUUAAGGUCACCAUAACAAAUAUAUUACAAAAAUUAUAUUAAUAGAAUGAACAUGGCAUGUCAUUUUCAAACCUGCUUACUCCAGACCAGGAUUAUGGGAGGGUGCCAGAGCCUGUCCCAGAGGCCAUAAGGGUACAAGUCAGGAGUAAACUCUGGACAGGACGCCCAUCCAUUACAAGGCAAGCACACACUAUGGCCAAGUUAGCAUUGCUAGUUCACCUAACCUACGCAUCUUUGGACUGUGGGAGGAAACUUACACAGCCAUAGGGACAACAUGCAAACUCCAUGCAGGAAGGACAGGGUAGCAAAGAAGGAAAAUACAACAAUUAAGAUAAUAUUAAUAUUUGUUUUGAUAAAGAUUGUUAUUCACUAAUGUACUUAAACUGAUCCCCUUAGAACAGUAACACAAAAAAAAAUAUUCCCACAUUUGCACUUUCUAUUCUCUAUCUAUCUAUCUAUCUAUCUAUCUAAAAUCUAAAAGAUUUUGCCAUAUUAGCUUAACAUUUAGUUAAGUUUCAAAUUUUUAUUUAGAUAAAAGAAUGCUGACAUUUUUACACUUAAUCCUAUUUUGCCUCUGCAGUUGCAUGGCAGGAACAAUCCCUGGACAGGGCGAGAGGCCAUCACAGAGUGAACACACACAAACACACACACACACACACACA